CGAGGCGGGGAGGGGACAAGGAUGCUCCGGGGGUGGCUUUUUGCUUCCUCGCCUGCCCGGAGCUCGCAGGGGCUCGCCUGGAGGAUGUCUCACCCCCUCGGCACAGGUGUCACUGCCGGGGCGAGUUCAGAGCAUGCUGCUGAGGGCCACCCCCAGGAGGUUCCUGGAGCAACACCUUCUCUUCGUGGAGAGCGCAGAGCGGCAGCCCCCGGCUCGGGAAUCGCUCCCGAAUCCAUUCAUGACUGAGGAACCCCCAGCCGAGCCGGACCUGCCGCCCUCCAACCUGACCAACGCCACGGACUGCGGCGAGGAGAUCCUGCUCUAUGGGGACACCGAGAAGGUCGUCAUCGGGGCCGUGCUCUCCAUCAUCAUCCUCAUGACCAUCGCCGGCAACGGGCUCGUCAUCAUCUCCGUGUGCAUCGUCAAGAAGCUCCGCCAGCCCUCCAACUACCUGGUGGUGUCCCUGGCGGCCGCAGACCUGUCGGUGGCCUUCGCCGUCAUGCCCUUCGUCACCAUCACGGACCUGGUGGGGGGAGAGUGGCUCUUUGGGAAGGUGUUUUGCAACGUGUUCAUCGCCAUGGACGUCAUGUGCUGCACGGCCUCCAUCAUGACCCUGUGCAUCAUCAGCGUGGACAGGUACCUGGGCAUCACCCGCCCGCUGACGUACCCGGUGAGGCAGAACGGGAAGCUCAUGGCCAAGAUGGUCUUCAUCGUUUGGCUGCUGUCUGCCUCCAUCACCCUCCCUCCCCUCUUCGGCUGGGCCCAGAACGUCACGGUGGAGAGGGUGUGCCUCAUCAGCCAGGACUUCGGCUACACCGUGUACUCCACGGGGGUGGCCUUCUACAUCCCCAUGGCCGUGAUGCUCGUCAUGUACAGCCGCAUCUACAAGGCGGCCAAGGUGAGCGCCGAGAAGCACCGCUUCAUGAACUUCCCCAAGCACUACGAGGAGGAGGGAGUCUACUGCCUGGAGGCCUCCAGCCGGGGCCACCACAGCUCCCGGCGGACCAAGGCGGCCGAGGAGUGCGCCACGCUCUCCAAGCUGCUCCGGCAGGACAGGAAGAACAUCUCCAUCUUCAAGCGGGAGCAGAAGGCGGCCAGGACCCUCGGGAUUAUCGUGGGGGCCUUCACGUUCUGCUGGCUGCCCUUCUUCCUGAUGUCCACGGCCCGGCCGUUCAUCUGCGGCGUGCGCUGCAGCUGCAUCCCGCUGCGGCUGGAGAGGACUCUGCUCUGGCUGGGGUACACCAACUCCCUCAUCAACCCCCUCAUCUACGCCUUCUUCAACAGGGACUUGAGGACUACUUUCUGGAACCUCCUGAGGUGCAGGUACAGGAACAUCAACAGGAGGCUCUCGGCCGCCAGCAUGCACGAGGCCCUGAAAGCCACAGAGAGGCACGAGUGCAUCCUGUAGAGCCACGUCCUCUCUCCCAGUGCCUGACCGACCAGCUCCUGCCUCUCCCAUUUCAGGUUUCCUUGCUUCUCCCGCCCUCCUGGGGCUGGCAGAAACCAUUUGUGCCAUUGUUUCCCCCCCUGCCAGACAUCACUGCACCCCUUCCCCUCACCCUGUGAGGAGCCGCGGCUUCUCCUCCCCUCGGGAACAAGUGG